UUUAAAACUCAUUCCCAGUAAAACGAACCAUAAUUCAAAACCAUAAGCUUUUCUAAUUGUAAUGUUAGUUCCCGGAUGUGCUAAAAUGCAAGUGGAGCGUUUUCUCCCGCUGUCCAUUUACCACAGCAGCAUCAUUUUCAAAACUGGGAAAGAAUGCGUAGGCAUUCCUGAAGAUUCUAAAGAAGCAGAACCUGUGUUGCGUCAUGCUGUCGCUGUUCACCGGGCUGACAGGGUACAACGAUCACGAUCAUCACCCGAACGGAGGUCCGGCCCCCAAAGCCAGAGGGAACGCACGCGCAGUCCCUCAACUCGAGCGACCUCAGUAUCACUCGAAGAAGCAAUUCCCUCAUCGAUGUUCUACAACUACAGCAGCAUCGCCCCAGGCGCUGUCGCAUUCUACUCACCAGGUCCGCCUUCCGCGCCGAUGUAUCUAGUUUUUCUUCCGACCAAUCCUAUGACUUCGAUUGACGGUGCCAAAAAGUUCCAACCUACAAAGCAACAACCGAUAGCAAAGGUUACAAAGAGUAAGAAAUCGAGGAAGAUCGUGCGACACGUGAUUCAAGUCUUACUGAGAGGGGUUUACAAGGCUGUGACCAUUCGCGCUCAACCACCUGAAGCCGCCCCAGUCGUUGAAUCCACCCUGGCUGAAGACAGUUCCCCGAAAAAACCUAAUCCCACGUACCACAGCGUGUCAUCCCAAACGAAACCGAAAAGCCCUAUUAUAAGACAAGCUGCUGUACUGGCGGACGCAGAUGGUCUUUCUAUUUCCAGUGAAGAACGUUGCGUGGAGUAUGAAGAGUCGUGCGAGUGGACCGGCAACUUCCGCGCAUUGCGUGAUUCGCACGUGCGACUUGUGCUGCGACAGUUGCAGCAAUUGCGUGACAUCGAGCGACUUAACCGCACGCUGCUUCGAGCUCAUAUCACCUUACCCCAAUCGCAAACUGUAAACGUGACUCAUCUCGCUUCCUGUGUACCCCAGUCGAACGAAUAA